AUGAAGUCCACCUGGCGGCUGUCUGACAAGAAGACUUGGGCACCCCACAACUGGGUCCUCCACCUUCUUCAGAUCCACCCGACCAAGAUUGGGAAGCCCAUCCCCGUUCACGCCAAAGAUGACCCGAUGCCAUACCUACCACACUCACAAACCCAUCUUUGGGUCUUGACACAUGCCCUGUGGCCUUGCAUCCUCCAGCAACUCUACUGCUGGAACUACGGCAAGAAUCUGUCACCACUAUGGUGCUUCGUUCUCUACACCUCCGCAUACCACAUCACCGGCGUGCAAGUGUUGCACAUGUUGACCAACGCGGGACACAAAUAUGGAUUCCUCGAUGGCGACAAGCACGCUCGCGACCAGGUGCCGGAUGCAUCAGUCCAGAGCACCGUCCAUUCUUUGAUCCUCACCGCUCUCAUCCGACCGCUGAUGGCUGUCAUGCUCACAUACAAGCCCAGCGAGCAGCCUAUCAGCUUCUCGUGGUGGGUUGUUGCUGAGAUCGGAUUGUACCCCAUCGUCCUCGACUUCUACUUCUACUGGUACCACCGCACCAUGCACGAGGUUGACGGUCUCUGGCAAUUCCACCGCCAGCAUCACUUGACCAAGCACCCCACACCUCUCCUCACGCUCUUCGCAGACCACGAACAGGAGGUUUUCGACAUUGUCAUCAUCCCUCUGCUCGCCCUCACGACCAUGAAGAUUUUCGGCUUCCCCAUGGGUUUCUACGAGUUCUGGAUCUGCUCAAGCUACAUUUUCUUCACAGAGCUAGUUGGUCACUCCGGUCUCCGCAUCCUCAGCCGUCCGCCUUCCACCAACACACCAUUCGUCUCGCUCAUCGAUGCCGAGUUGUUGAUCGAGGACCACGAUCUGCACCACCGCAAGGGAUACCGCAAGUCUUCCAACUACGGAAAGCAGACCAAGAUCUGGGACAUGGUUUUCGGCACCACUGGCCCUCGCUACGAGACAUUGCCGUCAAACUUUGACUUCACCACCCCGGUAUACCUUACCUACUUGCCUUGGCAGUGA